AUUAGUUUCUGGAAGGAAAGACUCCGACUUUCAGACCGUACGUGGUCUCUCUGUCUCUCUCUCUCUCUCCCCCUACCCUUAUCAAAGAUACUUUUUUUGAUUCUCAAUAUCUUACCAAACUCCAACACUUUGGUCUGUUUCAAUUUAGGUUCUUGUUUUUUGCAGAUUCGAAGGUUUCGCAGUGAUGGCUACGACAAAGAAAGUGAUAGCUAUAUGUCAAGCAGGUGGACAGUUCGUAACCAACAAAGACGGUUUAUUAGUUUACACCAACGGAGAUGCUUACGCCAUAGACAUCGAUCACGACACGUCACUGAACGACUUCCGGUCCGAAUUGGCUGAGAAUUUCGGGUUCAGUUGGGAGACGAUGACUCUCAAGUACUUCCUCCCUGGAAACAGGAAGACCCUUAUCACCAUCUCUAAGGAUAAGGACUUUAAACGCAUGGUCAGCUUCUCCGUAGAUGCACCUAAUGUUGAAGUCUUUGUCUUACCUGAGGAAUCUAAAGCGAUGAUUGUGUCCAACAUGCCAGCUAGUAGGUCAAGUAGGACAACUGCAUCUGAAGCAGUUGUACCUGUUGUUUCUGCAGGAGAUCUUGUUAUGAGAGAUAACCAUGACCAUGAUGAUGAUGAUGAUAUAACAACUAAUGAUUUUCAGAUCGACAUGGGCGUAGUAGUAAUGCCUGAUCAUGUAACCAGCCCUUUACCGUGCGAUUUCGUUUUAACCGACGAGAAACAACAACACAUAAAACCCGCACAGCAGUGGGAGAACACCAUCACAGGCGUCGAUCAACGGUUCAGCAGCUUCGCAGAGUUCCGAGACUCCCUGCACAAGUACUCCAUCGCACAUGGUUUCACAUACAAGUACAAGAAAAACGACAGCCACCGCGUCUCCGUCAAAUGCAAAUCCCCAGGCUGCCCCUGGCGCAUCGCCGCGUCCAGGCUCUCCACCACGCAGCUGAUAUGCAUCAAGAAGAUGAACCCGAGGCAUACCUGCGAGAGAGCCGUCGUGAAAGCCGGCUACCGCGCGACGAGAGGCUGGGUGGGAAGUAUCAUCAAGGAGAAGCUGAAGGCGUUUCCUGAUUACAAGCCUAAGGACAUUGCUGAGGAUAUAAAACGUGAGUAUGGGAUCCAGCUGAACUACUCGCAGGCGUGGAGAGCUAAAGAGAUCGCUAGAGAGCAGCUUCAGGGCUCUUACAAAGAAGCGUAUACUCAGCUUCCUUUCUUCUGCGAGAAGAUCAAAGAGACUAACCCUGGAAGCGUCGCUAGUUUUGUAACAAAAGAAGAUUCAAGCUUCCAUCGUCUGUUCAUAUCUUUCUACGCUUCCUUAUGUGGGUUUAAACAAGGCUCUCGCCCUCUCCUUUUCCUUGACAGUAUUGUCUUGAACUCAAAGUACCAAGGGGUUAUGCUUGUCGCUACGGCUCCUUAUGCAGAAGACGGAGCGUUUCCGUUAGCGUUUGCGGUUGCGGACAGCGAGACGGAAGAGAACUGGGUUUGGUUCUUGGAGAAUCUCAAGUCAGCGUUAGCUGAUGAUGAUUCACGGAGGAUCACGUUCGUUGCUGAUUUUCAAAACGGUCUGAAGAGUGCGUUGCCUCUUGUGUUCGGUGAAGCACACCACCAUCAUGCUUAUUGCUUGCGUCACCUCGCUGAGAAGCUGAACUGUGACUGUAAGAUGUGGAGAUUAACUGGUUUGCCGUGUAGCCACGCGGUUGCGGUAAUCGAAUGCAUAGAGAAAAGCCCUUAUGAGUACUGCUCCAGAUACUUGACCUCAGAGAGUUUCAGGUUGAUGUAUGCUGAGUCUAUUAACCCUGUCCCUAACGGGGGGAUGAUGAUGAUGGCAGAGGAACAGAUUGAAGGGGUUGUUUCAGUGACGCCUCCGCCUGCAAGGAGGACUCCGGGGAGACCGAAGAGUAAGCAGGUGGAACCGAUAGAAAUGAUCAAGCGUCAGCUUCAGUGUAGCAACUGCAAGGGGUUAGGACACAACAAGAAAACCUGCAAAGCUGGGUCCCAAGGAUAGACAGAGAGACGGGGGCAAGUACAAAUUGUAGUUGUGAUUAGAUGUUUGUCCCCAACAUUCUCGCUUUUGUUCCCACCAUGUCUGUGUAGUCUUGUUUUCUUCCCCAUAUCCACAUUUUUUUAAAUGGAUUUUUGGAAUUACAAAUC